GCGUGGGGGGGAGGGGCGUCAGCGGUGACCCCCUGCCCGGUGCCCGCCGCCCUGCUGCGCGCUUUCCUGUGGACUCGCGGACCCCGGGCAGGGGUGCUGGCGCCCAGGUGUCGUCCCGCGCUGGCCGCUGCUGUACUGAGCGCGCACGGGUCUCAGCUCCCAGCCUCCCAUGGCCGCGCAGCCGGACCCCGGGACAGGCCCCAGCGUCAGCCCCGCGGCUGCCCCGUCCUGCUCAGGCCCAGAGCCUGCACCCACCGGUGCAUCCGGCUGCCAGACCCUCACGCAGGACACUGACAGCUGUGGUCAGUCGCCAGCCGCCAGGAGCCUCGGGGACGAGCAGGGCUGCCCAUCUGCCGCCCGCCAGCCCCAGCUCACAGGCCCCGAGGACUCACUCUGCCAGCCGGGACCCGGAGAUGCGCCGCCCGUGGGCUCCGCAGCCAGCCCCUGCUGGCCGCCGCCUGGCCCAGAGCCGCCCUGUGACGGCGCGGAAGGCAGCCCCGAGGCCGGCCCUGCGCAGCAGCCCAGGACCCCCAGGCAGCCCCAGCCCCGCGCCUGUGCUCUCAACAAGGUCCCCAAGCCGCUCGCGAAGCCAGGGAAGCCGCUCCCCGCCUCGGAAGGGGCACCAAGCAGCUCCGGCGCGGCCCAGGCUGCCCCCGCCCCAGAGAGCGGCACGGAGGCCGAGCCGGCGGGACCUCCUGAGCCGAAGGCAGCCAGCAGCGGACAGCAGGGGAAGGCCUGCCCCAGGUCCAAGGCACCGGAAGCCCCGCCGGCCCAGGGAGGCUCCGCUGGCCAGCAGGAACCGCAGGCGGUGGGCCCGGACUACGUGGAUGAGGUGUACAACAACCAGGGGAAGGUGAUCCGCUUCUACUGCAAGCUGUGCGAGUGCAGCUUCAACAACCCCAAGGCCAAGGACAUGCACGUGAAGGGGCGGCGGCACCGGCUGCAGUACAGGAGAAAGGUGAACGCGGACCUGCCCGUGGCCGGCAAGUCCGGCCCGCGGCUGCGCCGGCUCCUGGAGGGGCGGCUGCGCUCGCAGAGACGCCUGGCGCGGGAGCGGCUGGAGGCGCUGCGGCGCUGGCAAGCGGAGAGCAGGUGCUACGAAGCGCGCGGCAGGUGGCCGGAGGAGCCGCCGCCCCCAGACGAGGAGCCACCGCACCUGCCGCCGGACUGGCCGCCCCCACCGCUCAUGGGCAGGCCCGGGGCCUCCCCGUUUCCGCCCGGCUGGCGGCCGCAGACCAGCAACGACCGGUACGUGCUGUUCAAGCACUCCAUCAUCUACCCCACCGAGGAGGAGCUGCUGGCCGUGCAGAGGGCCGUGGCGCACACGGAGCAGGCCCUCAAGCUGGUGUCGGACACGCUGGCCCGCGAGGAGGGCGGCGGCCAGUACAGCGCCAUCGCGCCGUCUGCCCGCGUGCUGAAAGGCGUCAUGCGCGUGGGCGCGCUGGCCAAGGGCCUCCUGCUGCGGGGGGACCGGAGGGUGCAGCUGACCCUGCUGUGCUCGGAGAAGCCCACGCACACGCUGCUGCGCAGGAUCGCCGAGCUGCUGCCCCGGACGCUGCUGGUGGUGGCCGAGGACAAGUACGAGGUGUCCUCUGACCCUGACGCCAACAUCAUCAUCUCCUCCUGCGAAGAGCCCCGGAUGCAGGUCUCCGUGGCGGUCACCUCGCCGCUCGUGCGAGAGGAUUCCUCCGCGGACGCAGGAGCGGAGCCCGCGGCGCCCCAGCCGGAACCCCGAGACCUGCUGAGCGCCGAGACGUGCCUCGAGUCCCUGGCCGCCCUGCGCCGCGCCAAGUGGUUCCAGGCCCGGGCCAGCGGUCUGGAGCCGUGUGUGGUCGUCAUGAGGGUGCUGCGGGACCUGUGCCAGCGCGUGCCCACCUGGGGGGCCCUGCCGCCCUGGGCCAUGGAGCUGCUGGUGGAGAGGGCUCUGAGCAGCGCCACCAGGCCCCUGAGCCCCGGCGACGCCAUGCGCCGCGUGCUGGAGUACGUGGCCACCGGGACGCUGCUCGCAGACGGCCCCGGGCUGCAGGACCCCUGCGAGAAGGACCCGAUGGACGCCCUGGAGCCCAUGACGGCGCAGCAGCGCGAGGACGUGACGGCCAGCGCACAGCACGCGCUGCGCAUGCUGGUCUUCCGCCAGAUACACAAGGUCCUGGGCAUGGAGCCGCUGCCGCUGCCCAAGAGGAGGCCCGGCGUCCGCUUCCGCAAGAGGGAGCGCGAGGCCAGCAAGGCGAGGGAGGCCGCCGCCAACGCCGACAAGAAGCGCGGCCGGCCCGGCGCGCAGGGCCUCGCCUGAGCCAACCAACCGCCCGACCGGCCCCGCCCCCGACACUGGCCCCGCCCCCGACACUGGCCCCGCCCCCGCCCCGCCCCCGGCUCUUCUCAACGCUCGCGCUUCGCCCGGGAGACGCGGCACCUGCCCGGGCCCCUGCGUGCCUGCCCUGCCCCCUGCCCGGCGCGGACUCGCCAUGAGGGGCGCAGCCACCGCCCUGCCCCGGGGUGGGGUGGCUGAGGCCGGGGGAGGACGCGGGCCGGGCCCCACCCCGCACCGCCGAGUGCCUUGGAGGUCAGGGCUGCCCAGGGCGGGAGCUCCCGCCCCGCUGCGGGCACGGCCGCCCCUCGCGAGCGUUCCUGGCCCCGGGGACGCGCAUGCGGGCCCACCCUGGGACAGGGUCCACCCUGAGACAGGGCCCGGCGGCUCCCGGGGGCCGGGGCAAUAAAGGAGACGUCUUCAGCCGCCA